CUUCACACGCAUUCCCUCACUCUCUUUUUGCUUGUCUAGAGAGAAGAGAGUUACCGUUUCAGUUCGCUGUUGAUGGCGGGAAGGAUCCAAACCAUGAUUCUCGCUCCUCGACCCACCCAAACACCGUCGUUCCGCCACCGGCAGCUAAAUUUCCCGGCAACUCGCACCACCGCGUACUCUACUCGUUCCGUUUUAUUCAAUCGUAGCCGCUCGAUCUCAUCUCCACUCAGAAUCAGAGCUAAUCAACUGCCCGAUCAGAUAGAUGACAAUGGGAGUGGAGGUGCAAAAACUCUAGGAAAAUCACUACUGAAUUUUGCAGAUAAUAAUUUUCUUCCACUAGCACUUAUUGGUGGAGUCGUGUCAGGGCUUGCAAAUCCUACUCUUGGUUGCUUAGCCGAUAAAUAUUAUCUGUCGAAAUUCAGCACGUUUGCGAUAUUUAUAACAUCUGGUUUGACGUUGAGAAAUGGGGAGAUCGGUGAUGCUAUAGAAGCGUGGCCUGUUGGAGUUUUUGGGAUUUGCUCCAUUUUGUUAUUUACACCAUUCUUGUCGAAGAUAAUUUUGCAAAUUCAACUCCAACCUCAGGAGUUUGUAACAGGUUUGGCUAUAUUUUGCUGUAUGCCAACUACAUUAUCAAGUGGGGUGGCUCUAACCCAGCUUGCCGGGGGGAAUUCUGCACUUGCUCUUGCGAUGACAGUGGUGUCGAAUCUGCUAGGAAUUUUGAUUGUUCCAUUUUCUAUCUCCCGAUUCAUUGCUGCUGGAAUUGGUGUAUCUGUGCCAACCAAGGAAUUGUUUAGAAGUCUGGUUAUCACACUUUUAAUCCCUCUUAUUUUGGGGAAGAUUUUUCGAGAAUCCUUCAAAGGUAUGGCAGACUAUGUUGAUCGAAAUCGUAAGCUCUUCUCGAAGAUGAAUGCAAUUUUCCUUAGUUUAGCUCCAUUUAUACAAGUGAGCAGGUCAAGGUCUAUGCUGCUAAUGGUCAAGCCUUCUGUUUUUCUUGUUGCUGUUGGGAUGGGAGUACUUUUGCAUCUCAUCCUCUUAUCUUUUAAUGUUCUCGCGAUACAAGGCUUCUCAACAGUCUCUGGUACCAACCAGUUAGCCUCUGCCAAGAAAAAAAAUGCAACUGCUUACGUGCUUGUUGCAAGCCAGAAAACUCUUCCUGUUAUGGUAGCAGUGGUGGAACAGCUGGGUGGUGCAUUUGGUGAAUCUGGUUUGCUGGUUCUUCCUUGUGUUGCUGCACAUUUAAAUCAGAUCAUCAUGGACUCUUUUCUUGUUAAUUUCUGGCUUCGGAAGGAUCUCGCAUCAAAAAGUGCCAAGGUAGCAUGAGUCAUGGCAGUGAUGAUCACGAAUGCUUGAUGUGGAACAAUAUUGGUCUGAGAACACUGCUUCAUCAUCUCUUGGCUAUUUUUGGCUGCUAACGUUUUAUGGGAUAAUUAGAGCGAAUUGGGGGGCCGAUGUGUUGUCAUUUUAUGAAGGAUGUUUGGUUGGUUAGCUACCUGAUCAUAAAUGAAUGAAAAUGAAACCAUCCUAGUUAUAUGAA